ACGUUCCCAGCACGGCAUUCCCACGCGCGCGCGCCCGCCCGCCGACGGCCGACCCCCGCAAACGUAAACGCAACAAUAAUAGGCAGCCACCAGCCCACCAUCCCCACCAGCCCAGCGCAGGUAGAAAAUAGCGACGAGCAAAAGCGGGCGGAAAGAAGAGGGGGAAAGCCAGGCUCGCCGCUCCCCCACCGCGCCACCAGCCGCAAAAGCGCAAAUCCGAUCUCUAUCUCUAUCUCUAUCUCUCGAGGUUUUCGGUUUCGAUCCGGCGAGCGGGCGAGAUCUUCAUGGCGACGUCGUUCGACCGCUGGGAGAAGGACCCCUUCUUCCUCGCCGCCGAGGAGGUGCAGGAAUCCGCCGAUCGGAUGGAAUCGGUGUAUAGGGUGUGGGUCCAGGAGAGGAGCGGCGGCGAUUCGGAGGGGGCAAGCGUCAGUGGAGGCCCUUCAGCUGCGGAGCUUCGCCGCGAGCUGCACACGGCGCUUGGCACCGCCAAGUGGCAGCUUGAUGAACUUGCGCGGGCAAUCAGAUCGAACGACCUGGUUAUCUCAGCAGGAAAAGGCACAAGAGCUAGGCAUGAUGACUUUGUUAUGGCAAUUGGCCAUCGCAUAUUAGAGGUUGAGAAAAACUUGAGAGAAUCCAAUGUUGCAGAGGGGAGGGGGCCGUUGAGCUGGGUUCAUUUGGAUGAGGAUGAACGGGAUGACCUUGCAGCUUUCCUAUCUGCCAGUCCUUUUCAACAGAAAGACAAAGUGGUCACAAUUCCUUCAGCAGGUGAUAUUGAAGUGGGCAGCAAUGCAGCAAGGAUGAAAAAUGAUAUAUCAACUGACAGCUCCAAGGAUUCAGCUGGUUCCACGGAUUUGAUUUCAGCGAGAGCAAAGGAUGAUUUGCAUCGUGGGCACAGAAGAGCAGCUAGUGCCAGUGCUGAUAUAGGCUCAUGGAGCAUGUCAAUUCCUAAUGAAUGUGAAGGAACCACAGAACAAUUAUCUAAUGGCUCAGACAAAAUGCCUUUGCUUAAGAUAGUGAAAACAUGUGCUUUGACGAAUACCUUGCAACCUAAGCCUAGAACGAAGUGUAAAAAUGGAGCUGUUAGGUGGGCAGGCAUUAACCAACAGGAUGUUGAAGAGGCUAUCCCUCUGAGUACUUCUCAGUUGAGUCAGGGUUUAGAGGGAUGCUUUGAAAGGAACAAGAGUUGCUUAAGUUCCUGUGAUGAGCAUACAUACAAUAAGAAGCUUUAUGGUUGGCUCGGAGCCCUUCAUAGAAAACUUCAAAGAUCUCAGUAUCAGAUUCGAUAUGGGCAUCCUAUUCAAUUGAUUCUUUUGGCACUUGCUGCUCUUGUAAUCAUUGUAUGCAUAUUGAGGACAAUCUGGUGACUAUAUAUAUUGGCUCAGGAUUGGAUUUCUAGCCUCACAAGAUCAGCAGCUUGUAUGGUAAAUUCAUUGGCAGUUAAGUUACUUUUGGUCAACUGGAUCCUGAGGCAUGCACAUGUGGCAACUAUGGCAGAACAUUUUGGUAAUCAAGGUUGAAAGGCAUGUAUAGUGAUCUGGUUGGGCAACUUAUCUUGCCACAUGUUCAGGGCAGUCUGUUUGUCCUUGGAAGAACAUCUCCAGGGCAAUCCUUGCAUCAAAAUUGCUUCUGUCAUACUUGGAUAUGUUCUGAAUGGUGCCCUGAACACUUGAUGCACCUCGAGGACUCAAUCCCGUGGUGGCUGGUUGGCACUUAUGUAAUGGUCCUAGCAUAAAUUAUUGGUGCAGUGGGCUGGUGAUCAAGCUGCUAGCAGCCGAAAUUGCAAGACUUGUAUCAUGCAUCAAUGCUAUUGCUUUUACUGCCUAACACGGAAGGGUGGUGAAUUUUUGUAGGGGUUGUCAUCUGAACUCUAGAGCUCCAUAGGGGAUAGGUUCUGAUCGGAAUGUAAAAGGCACUAGAAACUUACUUUACUGUAUCUGCUUGUAUUGUCACACCUAUAACCGAAUGAGGAGCAUGGCAGCCUUGUCUGCACCCUGUACACUGAAAUUAGAGAAUGUUAAGCCCCCGGCAGGAAUCGGCUGGAGUUGUAAGGUGCCAGUUUGUGUUGAUUGUGUAGAACAUGCAUAUUACGGCUAUUAAAUUCAGUGAAGAAUGUAGCACUUUGUUGUGCAUGCUA